UUCAUUAAGAUUUUUAUAUGUCUGCUAACAAAUUUUUCAAAAUCAUACCUAGAGUUCAGAGUGCAACGUCAGGAGCAGGACUAGCACCCGGAACCUACAAAGACACUCUUUAUAAAACUCAUUUAAAGUCUAUACUGCAAAAUGGAGUAGGUCGCUAUAUUUGUCCAUUAAUGAGAAUUACUUUCAAGUUAUGCAAAGAAUAUAAAGACAGUCAUGGAUUAAGAGAGUACGUUGAAAAAAAUUUGGUAGAGUUUGCCCAAACUAAUCCCUCAGUUGCAAUCUACGUAAUGCCACGCAGGCAUCGGGCUCCAUAUAUUGUUGCUGAAUACUUAACGGGAAAUAUCGAAAAUAUGUGCGUUAGAAAUUUCACUGCUCAAGAUAUCCACAAAUGGGUAAAUUAUUUUAAGACCAGUUCUGGUUAUCCCGUUGGCCACAUUUUAAACGAAACUAAAUCCGAAAAUACUUCCAUCCAAGGUAUGUGGAAUCCAUUUUUGAAUAAACCCACUGCUUUCAAUAUUCAAAAUUGGCCUUCCGAUGAAUUUUCACAGGUCGGUUCUGUUGGAGAAACUGCUACGGAAACUUUAUCAAAAAUGUAAUAAAUGUGAAAUAUAAAAUGUGUCAAAUUUUUUUUAUAUAUAUAUAAAGUAUAUGUAAUUAUUAUUUAUUUCUUUUCCUUUAUAUCGUAAAAUGCUUAUCGUCUCAUUACGAACUUGCAGCGACAAAGCAUGAAGUUAACUAUUAGGAAAACAAUUAAUUUGUGUUGUAUCUGUCGAUUUGUAACAAUAUAUAUUUUCAAGAAAAAAAGAAAAACUUUUUUUUCUUUGUUCUAACUUUUAAACAUGUGAUAUGGGUAUAUAAAGAUAAUUUAAAUUGCAUCAUAUCUGAAUUGAGAUACAGGCUCUAUGAUAUUAUCCUUUAGCCAGACGUCUAACUCAUAAGUCAUUGCGUCAAUCCUGGCAUAUGGCACUCUCCUAGGAGGUAAUGAUUCUAAGCACAGCGUCAUGCUUCAGGUAAAUCUUCACUUACCUGAUCAUUUUGGGUUUGUUGAAGCGUGUUGACUCAAGGCCUUUUUUCAUUGUCGAAAUUACUUUCUCGAGAUCAUCGUCUACGUCACCAACAAUGAAUGUUUAGAAUAUAUUAUUGAAGGUAUGGAGCCAUACACGUCCUAGCAGGGAGGGGGCACUUAUCACUAUCCACCACUAUGGCCUCCAGAUUAGUUUUCUCAAACUUCACGUUAACAUUGGCUAAAUCUAUGAUCUUGAUAACGCUGCCGUGUUACCCUGUUAGCCUCAUAUCAGUCUUGCGUGUCGUGGCUAUACCUACAGCCUUAGCUGUGUGCCUCUGGUGUCGGUGUCCACUUGCAUCACAUGGGUAUGUCGUUGAUGCUCACCAUAAUGUACGCAUUAUAUCUGAUAUCAUUGACCCCCAGUUUGUUCACCGUCAGAUUCUGAAGAGUACUCUUUUACGUCGGUAUUUGUGAUAUCCUUAUAAUCGAUUUCGUCGAUGUUCAUAGUAUAGUUGGUGUUCCAUUGAAAGCACAAUCUUUGUAAUAAUAAGAUCUGUUAUUGGUAUAGUUGUCAUUGUAAUGGAUUGCUGUUUUGUGGGUUAUAUCUAUGAUGAGCGCUACGUGGUUAGUUGUUUGUAUUGUCCUUUCUGUAGUAAUCAUCCCCUUGAUCAUAACUUUAACUAUGAUCACGUUGUACCCGCGAUUUUCGUAUCGAUCAUCAUGGCUAUUGUUCAAACAGUUGCGGUUGUCAUGACGAUUAUCGUAGUGUUGAUAGAAACGGGUGUCGCGACGAAUAUCGUAGCGUUCAUCGAAACGAUCGUCGCGGCAGCCAAAACGUUGUUCGUGGCGGUUGUCAUACAUGAGCUCAGGUUGCUUGGUAAAAGCGUCAUAUUUAACAAGAGAAUUAUGAUGUGCAUUAGAGUCCUGUUUGGGUUUUGUGGUUUAGCUCAGUUCAUGUAAUUGAUCUUCUCUUGUAUUCCAGAUGAUUCACCCAAAUGUAUGGCUUCUACUUUCACCUUGCCCUUGAUAUCAUUUGGCUCCCUGAUUUCUUUCACAAUACCUAGAUUAUAUAUGUUUUCUUUGGUCAAAGAGCUCCUAACCGCUUUUUUGAAAUUGUAGCCACUCUGACCUUCUCAAUGAUGCGUUGAAUGCCACCAAAUUUGAUUCUUUAAUGGGCCUCGCUAUACGCGUAACCCAUGCUGUAAACGUCUCCUCCUUGCCUUUAGUGACUGCAAAGAAUACAUAGAGGUAACAUUCUAUGUCUUCGAAGGAUGUUCAGGCAUGAGUUUGCCAAGAAAAGCGAUUGGGUCCUGUAGGUCGCCUCCGUACAGAUUGCACCAAUGUUGUUAAACAUGUCAGAUAAAUUUCAUAAAAAAAAGCGGCCUUUUCCCCAGAACUCUUGCUUGUAUCAAUGAAAUUUUUCAAUUUCCUUAUGUAGUCAUCGCUUCUAAAUUUAGUAAAAUCCAAUUUGACAAAUUUGGUCAUGGAGGUGGUAUAGAAUUAUUCGAUGCAUUCAUAACAUUGUUUGGCCUCAAUGAAAUAUAUAUGAGAAUAGACUGGGAUAAUAAUAUGUUUUAAUAGAUCAUUUUAUUCAAAUAUAAUAA